AUGGAUCUCCAAGGCCAGCCCAUCCCCUCCGGCCAGCGCAGCACCAAGGUAACAACCGACCCAACCCGCCACACCAACCCCAUCCACGAACCCGCCGGCCCCGUCCUGAACGACUCUCUGGCCGCCGAAUCCGCCACGCACGGCGGCACAUUCGCCCAAAACCGGGGUUCCGAGCCCAUGGGCGUGUCCUCGGGCCAAUCGACCACCCGGACCACCAACACCUCCGGCGCAACCAAGCUGGACUCCAACGCCGAUUUCGCCGACAAGUACCCCGAGGGACUGGGCGGACAGGGCAAUUACCCUGGCGCGCAUGGAAGCGGCUACGUCGGUGGACCGACGGGCGCGAAGAAGGAGUUGGGGAUUCACGCGGGGGAGUAUCCUGCUUCGCAGAAGUUGAGCCAAAGUCAAAGUCAGGGUCAGGGUCAGGGUCGACAGGCUCCGGCUAGUGCUGCUAGUGGGAGUGGAUAUAGCAGUCUGAGCCAGAGUCAGGGUUAUGGUUCGGCCCAGCCAAAGGGCAGGGGCUUGAAGGAGGGGGAUGUCCCCGAUGAUGCGCCUAACGCGAGCUACACGACUGAUAUUGGCGGGGAGAAUGACCCCGGUCGGGUUGCGCAGGGCGGGUUCCAGCGCAGGAAUGUCGAGAGUGGUCCUGCUGGCACGGCGGCUGGGCGCCAGAAGGGCGUUGAUGAUCAGCAGUGGUACCAGCAUCUGCAGUCUGACCAGCGGGCCUAA